AUGUCAUAUAAUCCAUUUAUGAAUAAUACGCCGCACUCGUCGCCAAUUAAAAAUACACAGGAUAGGAGCAGUGAUAACAAUAAUGGAUACCGGCUCAGAAAGAAACAGUCCUCCAAUUAUGCAAACGCAUCUCCAGUCAGUUCUAUUUCCUCGACAUCACAGCUCUUGACUUCACCAUUCAAAAGAUCCAGGAAUGCAGGGUCAAGGAUAUAUAAUGAUAGAUUUAUACCGAGCAGGACUGCAAUAGAUUUAAAUACCAUGAUGUCCAUCACUAAUACGAAUAUUGACUACCAAAGUAAUGAGAAGGAUUCCCUAUCAAUCACUGAAGACCAAAUAGAAUUACAAAAGGAAAGAGAGGCUAAUCAUACUUUCGAUACCAUUUUAAAAAAUGAGUUAUUUGGUGAGAAAAUUAUAAAUGAUUUUAAUAGUAUCGAAAGUAGUAUAGAUCGUAUUCAAAAUACAAAAAGCUUAGUACGAAUAAAAAACAAUAUUAGACUGAAUGAUUCAUUACCAACAUUACAUAACCCCCUUAACAAUUCGACUUCUAGUUAUGGAAAUAGAAGCGAUUAUGAUGACGAUGACAAUACUGAUGAAGUUGAAACAGAUGUUGAUGAUUUCGACUCAGAAGAGAACGCAAGUGGGAAUAACAAUAGGGUCCCAAGUACACCACCUCACAAUGUAAAUAGAACAAGUGAUUAUUCAUCUAAUUCAGAACCUGUGACUCCCAGACGAUUAAAUAUGUCCCAGCAAGCUGAUCAACAGAGUUUCUUGAGCAAUUACGGAAGAGGUGCGAGUUUGUUGACAUACACAGAACGUAGAGCAACUAGGCCGUCUACCGAGUCAAUAUUACAAACACAAUUUAACAAUUCCUCUUCUGUUGUACGUCCUGAUUCUAAACAAUUGUUAUUAUCCCCAAAAAAGAAAACAAGACAAAUUGCAAAAAUACCCUACAGAGUUCUAGAUGCACCAUCUCUUGCAGACGAUUUUUAUUAUGACCUUAUAGAUUGGUCUAGCCGUGAUGUUUUAGCUGUAGCUCUAGGGAAGUCCAUAUUUUUAACUGACAAUAACAAUGGAGAUGUUAUUCAUUUAUGCGACACAGAUAAUGAAUUUACAAGUCUGAAUUGGGUAGGGACAGGUUCUCAUUUAGCUGUGGGUCAGUCAAAUGGAUUAGUGGAAAUUUAUGAUAUAAUUAAAAGGAAAUGCAUUAGAACAUUAUCAGGUCACAGUGAUAGGGUAUCAUGCCUUUCAUGGAACAAUCACAUAUUGAGCUCAGGAAGUCGAGAUAGAAAGAUUUUGCAUAGAGACGUAAGAUCCCCUGAUUCGUACUUCACUCAAAUUGAAACACAUACUCAAGAAGUGUGCGGACUCAAAUGGAAUAUUGAAGACAAUAGACUGGCAUCUGGAGGGAAUGAUAAUAUUGUUUAUGUUUAUGAUGGUGUAAAUAGCAAACCUACAUUGAUGUUUACAGAACAUACGGCCGCAGUUAAAGCAAUGACAUGGUCACCUCAUAGAAGAGGUAUUUUGGCAACUGGUGGUGGUACUGCUGAUAGGAGGCUUAAAAUUUGGAAUGUGAAUACAUCUGCAAAAUUAAAUGAUGUCGAUUCUGGUUCCCAAAUAUGUAAUAUGAUUUGGUCAAAGAAUACUGAUGAAAUUGUGACAUCGCAUGGUUACUCAAGAUAUAAUUUGACCUUAUGGAAUUAUCCAACCCUUGAGCCAGUUGCCAUAUUUAAAGGCCAUAGUUUCAGAGUCCUUCAUCUCACGCUAUCUGAGGAUGGGACUACUGUAGUGUCUGGUGCAGGUGAUGAAACGUUAAGAUAUUGGAAAAUAUUUAAUAAACCGAAGGCGAAAGCACAACCAGAAUCAUUAAUUUUUGAAUCAUUUUAUAAUAUUAGAUAA